AUGUCGACGUUUAAUGGGAUCGUUUCUGAAUUCCCAGACAUACGAAUUGAUUUCUUUCGUCGGAAUGCAGAUGCUCAACCACCCCUGGCUUGCUUCCUGAGCCACGUCCACAGUGACCAUCUUGCAGGACUAGAGAGUCUGCGCUCUCCAUUUGUGUACUGUUCAGCAGCGACUCGAGAAAUUCUUCUACGCCUUGAGAGAUACCCAUGCAGAAUCAACUAUGCGAAGGGCGUUCUGGAAGCCAGACAACAAACAUUCAAGCAUCUUAGCAAAGUUUUAAAAUCUUUGCCUCUCGAAACACCUACAACUAUUGAGCUUCGCCCAGGGCAAGAAAUCCAGGUGACGCUCUUUGACGCCAACCACUGUCCUGGGGCAGUCAUGUUCCUGGUAGAAGGUGACGGGAGAGCUAUCUUGUACACCGGAGACAUUCGAAGUGAACCAUGGUUCGUCAAUGCGAUUUCCCGGAACCCUAACCUUGUCGAAUAUACAUCGGGUCUCAAAAUACUUGACAAGAUCUACCUUGACACGUCCUUUACUGAGGAUGUUCCAUUUGAGACAAAAGCCCAUGGUAUAGCCGAGUUGUUAAAGAAAGUUUCAAAGUACCCGAAGGAUACCGUCUUUCACUUUCAAGCUUGGACUUACGGCUAUGAGGACGUCUGGAUUGCACUGUCCAAAGCACUCAAGUCCAAGAUACAUGUCGAUGACUAUAAGCUGCACAUCUACAGCUCGCUCAAAUCAAAGAAACCAAAGUCACCGUCCGAAGCGAAUGUACACUUGACCGCUGAAUCGCCAGCUUUAACUGGCCAUAUGUGUGGGAACACACCUCAAUCAGGAUGUUUGACUUCAGAUACAAACCCGAUAAUUACUCAUCUAUCUCCAGAAGAGGACUUGGCUGAAGUUGGCGUUGGAGGGGGCGGGGAAGACUUGAAACAGGAGGCCGAACUUGACUUGGACCAAGCUAGCUUAAACGCUCUCUUAAAUCUGGCCCAAGCCUCAUCUGCUACUUCGGCCGACAUGCCUGACAUGCUUCGAGAGGGUUUAGAGCAGCUAGUCUCGGCAGGUCAUAACAUACCUCUGGAUUGGAACGCAGACACUUUGAGUACGCAUUCGGCUGAAGAGGUCAUUACUAUGCUUGUAAAAAGGUUGAGAAAGAACAGUAAGACACAAAAGCCCGUUCAUGAGGAGGCGUUGCCCAAGACGAUCUGCUUCCCUUACUCCAGGCAUUCUUCAUUACCAGAGCUAUGUCACUUUAUUGAAGCCUUCCAACCGAAAGACGUAUGGCCAUGCACCGUUAAUACUGCCGAAUGGCUCAGAAAAGGAACUACUAUUCGAUCUCUAUUCGGGCGAUUCUGUUCUGGCACGGACUUUGAACAUGAUAGAGUCAUGCAAGCCCUAGCCGCUAAACACGCAUUGGACAGCCAGAAUCAACAACACACCAGUCAAACAACUGUUAAUUCAGACCCCGCGCCAAGCUCACCCAUCCAUGAACCUCAGGAUUCUCAAGAGCGAAAGCGUGGCGACGUUGAACCUAGGUUUGUGAGCCCUUUACUGGAUACCCAAGCGAGCGACUACCAAGAGGAAGCGAUCCUCGACCCAGAGCAGCCGGACGAUUUAAAUGCACUAUCUGAGAGUGUAUUGGUGCGCCAAGAUAACGACGCACACGUUGCGCAGUCGAGAGUCAUUCCACAAGACCUUGACACUGCUUCGGAAGAAUUGGCUGGGAAUGUAUCUGACAACCGACCUCAAGCAUCUUCCGCCAGAAAACGCGACUUUUCCAAUGUAUCCCAGGAUGCCCCUGAAGAUGGAUACCAAGAAACAAAAAACACAUCAGGCAAGUCACGCGACUUGAUAAUAUCAGAAAACCACUCUCUUGCUUGUCAAGAGGCUUAUUGGCAAAUGAUCCGCAAUUUCCGGGGGGAUACUCCUUGGACCCCUUUACAGCUGAUCUCGACUAGCAAUGAGUAUUCUUCCUUAGAGAAGGAAUUAUAA